CCCUGCUCCUUCCAGGUUAAAACCCAAACUGCAAUCGCUUAGCAUCAUGUGGCUCUCGGAUUUGCAGAAAAUUGGAGCAAGUUUGACUGCUUUAGGGCUUUUAUUCUUCGUAAUAGGUCUUUUUAUGCUCUUUGAUGGGCCCUUCCUGUCAUUAGGAAACAUCCUCCUGAUGUCGGGCAUCAGUCUAUUGAUGGGUAUAAGCAGGAUGUCGUACUUCUUUCUUCGGAAAGAAAAGGCUUUAGGCACCAUCGGCUUCUUUACUGGUGCUUUGCUGAUUUUCUUUCACUUUCCCAUCGCUGGUUUCUUCAUCCAGCUGUUCGGUUUCAUCAACCUCUUCUCUUCGUCUUUCCCUUUAGUAAAGGGAUUCCUUCGCGGUGUCCCCUUUCUUGGACCACUGUUGAACCAAUUGACCCAUUACAGAGAAAGCCCCGUAUGAGUUGCUACCGACCGUCGAUCUAAGAAAAGUUGUCCUUAUGUGCUUGUGUAUUGUUAAAUUAGUGAAUGCGGAGCAACGGUUCGUUUACUUCCUAAGGGUUUAAAAUGGUUUUUUUAUAUUCCUCACUCCGGAAAUUGGGUGUCCUUCCUUUUGUUUGCUUUAAUAAAAUAAUAUUGUAAAAAACAAAACAUAACAAAUUAAUGAUGAAGAGUAGAAAUUGCUCUUUCAUCAGGGC